AGAGUAGCAACGGUAAUGGUGAGCCAACAAUGCAGAAGCUUUUGAAAGAGAUUGAGAAGUUACAGCUGGCGCAAAGCGCAACAGCUAAGAAUGACAGUGCCUCGACGAGUAGACCUCCGGAUGACGCGUUGCUUGCUAAGAUGAUGCAGGAACAUGAGGAGAUGAAGAUGAAACUUGAAGCUGCGGCGGUGGCCAACAAACAUGUUGAAACGGUGGAGGAAUCCUUGAGAAUGAUUAAACAACAGCAUGAGCUUGCGAUGCAGGAAGCAGAAAGUUGGAAGAGGGAGGCGCUUCGAUCUGGCAAUAAGCGUAGCCGGCUGGCAACAUCCCCACCAUCACAGCUCAAGAUGCCUUCAACUACGCCGCGGAAGUCAAGUGUAGAGAGACCUACCGUCGACCCAACUCAGCUUGCACAGUUGCACAUGCUGGAGGUCAACACUCUCAAGGAACUGCGUUUGCAGGAGUUGAAUUGGUGACGGGAGGCCGAACAGGAGAAUGCUCGAUUGAAAGAAGACCUAGCCAAACGUGAUGGUGAACGGGAGCCGCCGAAGUCAGUUUUCCAACAACGCUUGGAUGAAGCAGGAGGAUCGACGAUGAAGACUGCACGUAGGAAGCAGAAAGGCGGUGCGCGUGAAUAACAGGAUCCAGACAAUGAACGGGAUAUCUUUAUUCGAGAAGCACGGAAGGAAUUGGGUAACAUUGUCAAGAAGAAAGACGAUUUGGUGGGAAUAUGUAUGAAGGAAGGGAUUAAAUAUAGCACUAUACCCAAGACAAUCAACGACAUUAUCGAGA